AUGAGGCAGCUCAUCCGGCGGCUCUCCCGCGUCGGCGACGACACCUCCUCGGCCCCGUCGUCCCCGGCGAAGCGGCGGGGCGGGAAGGCGGCGGUGCCGCCGCAGGGGCACGUGCCGGUCCACGUCGGGGACGGGAGCGACGCGGAGCGGUUCCUCGUGCGGGCCGAGCUGCUCGGCCGCCCGGCGCUCGCCGAGCUCCUGGGCCGCGCCGCGCAGGAGUACGGCUACGACCACCAGGGCCCGCUCCGGAUCCCUUGCUCUCCCGCCGCCUUCCGCGCCGCGCUCGCCUCCGUCGCCGGCGACGGCGACGGCUGCUAG